AUGGUCCAAGAUUCCCAUGGCGCAAAGCUGUCCGCCGCAGAUCGCGAGGCUCUGAAAGCCGAGCUCGAGGAGCUGAAAAUGAAAGAGAGCACCCGAGAGCAGCGUCGCCUCACCUUCGAAGACGGAGAAGGCGUCCUGGCAGAGGACGAGCGCGGGCUCGGCUACGCCAUGAACGAUCGCGACUUCUUUGGCAGCGACGACGAUGUGGCCAAUGCUAGCGGAGGCGAGGGCAACUUCAAUCGCGAGCUAAACCGCCGGCCACGCAAGCGGCAGAAGACUGGAAAGUCCCAGGGCUCCAAGGUGCGCCUGCCCCAAAACGACAGCCUCGCCGAGAAGAUGCGUCGUAGGAACAUCGAGUUCGAGCUCAGGUAUGGCAGCCACCGGCACACGACGAAAGCGCUCGAGUCGCUAAGCCGAGAGCAGGAGGAGCUCCUGCAGCUGGUGGUCGCCUGCGCGCUCUACCCGAACAUAGCACUGCCUGGGGAGAACAACAGCGAGAGGUGUGCGGCCGAGUGCGUCUUCCACACGCAGCAGGUGCCCUUUGUCAACCUGCACCCAAGCAGCGUGAUUUACCCUCAGCUGCCGACGGCGCUGUCGAGGGAUGAGGCCUUGGCCUUCGGCAGCAUCCUCCAGACACACAUGCCCUUCCUGACGCACGUGACCCGCUGCCCCGUCGUCCCUGUUGUGCUGCUGUGCGCGGUUCGUGUAGAGAUGGCGGAGGACUGCCGUAUGCUGAUUUGCGACCAGUGGCUUCAACUCACCUUCACGGACACCGAAGAGCUGCUUUGCUUGAUCGAGGAUGCUCUGCUGUUGAGGUUUUCCAUCCAGAGCGCCUUGGACAGGGAGGUCUUAGACCUCUUCGAGGUCGACUGUGAUGACGACGUGCCCUGCGACGCCGGGGAUGCGCAGGCGACACGUGUCAAAGCCAAGAUGCUGCUACGCUCCAUCAUGUACUCUUUCCUGCAACUUCGCAAUCGACGCUUCAGCUUUGGCUUCAUGUGCACCUUUGCCGUUGCUGUUGUUGCUGUGCGCGACAGCUACAGCCGGCGGCCACAGUUCUUGGAGCUGGAGGCAAUCCGCUUCAAGUGCGGCCUGUCCACUCUCCAGACGCGGGAUGCUUGCACGGGUCCACAUCCCGGUAACUGUAAAAACGGUACCCGGUGCUUCAUCAAAAACGACUUUGCCAGCACAGAAGUCCAUGCGGUGUGCUGCUGCGAUCGCGACAAGACCCCGAUUGACAAAGUGAUUGCGGAAGACUGGAGAUGCUGGGCGACUCGAGUCCAAGAUCCACCCCAGUACUAUUGUGACAUCCAGUGCUGUUCAAGGGACAGCCCACAAAGUGCGGUGGCCUGCUUCGGCAACAAUCCGAUCUGCUGUGACAAGGUGACUGAAUGCGGCAUCAACUUGGAGGGCAACGCAUGCUGCGCUUCGAAAGAUCCAUCCGUCCGAACAAACUGCUGUGCAAGCAGGGGGACUACUUGCUGGUAUCACCGCUCCUGGUUGAAAGAUCCCUGGGUCAUGAAGGGGCAGCCGUGCUGCUACCGCCAAAAUGGCACGACGUGCUUUGCAGAGGCCCAAUGUGCUACUGGGCUGCCUCCACCAGCUGCGUGGCUGAACCUCGUUUGUGUCCUGGCGGCCGCAGCUGUGCAAGAACGUUGGUGCUCGUCUUGUUGGCGCAGCUCUUGCCGAAGUCCUCGCAAAGCCCGCCGCUAUGCCAUUCUGCUUUGUGUGCUGUACUCCAUGAUCCUGGCCACUGUGAUGUUCGACCUGAGCGAGACGACGCUGCUUCUUGCCGAACGCCUUCUUCUUGCAGUUCUUGUGCUGCUCUUCAGCUUUUUGCUUUCGAUGCUUUCGACCGGUGUCAUUCGGGUCGGGUGCUGGCUGUGGCAUCAGCCUUGGCGCGUCCAGACUGCCUCUGGCAACACUAAACGGUGCAUUGCGGUGCUCAUCAACAUUCAGGAGUACGUCCAUUGGCCUCGAGUGGUGGACAAGAGUUGGGGCGCACUUUGCGAGAACAUGCAGAGCCGCAGUGCGCCGGCUGAUGUGAUAACAUGGCCGGACCUUAUGGAAAGGCACGUUGACUCUUUGGUGGACCUGGUCGUGGCAAAGCUGCACGGUUUAGAAGAUGCAAGGGUGCUGAUCUACAUCUCAUGCCAUUCGCAGAUGAUGGACAACGUUCCGCAGUUUCUACCCGCUGAUGCACGAGGAUGGGGCGAUGGAGUUUCCUUGUCCUGGCUGGUGCGACGGCUGGAUGCAGUCCAACACAAGAAUGCUCGCUUCUAUAUCAUCGUGAAUGGCUGCCUGACGAACGCGGGUAGAAUCGACCGAUGGUGCCGGUGCUGCCGGAGGGUGCAGCAGAUGCUUCAGAGCGAGGAGCUGGAUUCUGCACGGCUUUCUACGAGGAUGCUUCGCCGCCGUAGUGAUCCUCAGGUGUGGAUGUUGUUUGCCACAGACCCCGGUCGAGAAGUCGCAGGCGACAUGCAGAACGGCGAUCUUUUGACCAGGAAGUUCCUCGAAGCCUUGAAUGAAAGGCCUGGCAGCCUGGAGAUCGAUGAGAUCUACAACGAGCUCCACACGUCGCUCUGGAAUCUGUCCAGAGGGGAGGGUGGAUCACAGCAUCCCUACUUGAUCACGACUGGCCGGAUCCCUCCCCCAAUCCCGCGUCAGAGCUCGGAGGAGAGCCAGCAGAAGCUUUGCUGCAGCAAGGUGCUUUGUUGA